CUCCUCUCUCCUUCGUCAAAUUUCCUGUUUACCGUCGCGGCGCUGUGUUUUUCUUCUUCGUUUGUGUUUCCUUUUUCCUUCUUAUUCUUCUUCUUCUUCUUCUCUUUACCCUUUUCCAUGGCUGAUCUCCUCCAACUCCAAGAUUUCGAUUGAUUCAGAAUAAAGGGAUUAAUCAAAUCUCACAACCGGAAAACUCUAUCGAACUAGAUCCCAGAUCGAGAACCCGGAUACUUUUGGGAUCGAAUCCCGAUCGAGGAUCGCCCUUAAAUCUUGUACAACAAUAAUUGUCGGGUGAGACAAGACCUGUGAGCGUAAUUGCCGUGUUUGGGACCUUGCUGGAGAUUCGUCUGAGGUGGUUGAAUUUUGUCUAUAUUAUUAUCUUUAUUUGGUACUAGAUCGAAUUUGAAGAUUGUAUCUCUGUUUGACUGGAACGAUCCGAGGGUGGGGGGAAUCGUUGGAUUACAUGGGGAUUCAGGACGUCGAGGAGGGUGAGAUUUCUGAUUCUGCUUCGGUGGAGGAGAUCAGUGAGGAGGACUUCAAUAAGCAGGAGUUGAAGGCGACCAAGGAGGAGGAGGCCAAGGCCAAGCCUGAAUCUAGGGUUUGGACGAUGCAGGAUGUGUACAAGUAUCAGUAUAAGAGUGGGUACAACGCUGGUCUGUAUAAUCUCGCGUGGGCGCAGGCUGUGCAGAAUAGGCCCCUGAACGAGGUCUUUGAUCUGGAAGCUCAGAAGGAAGACAAUUCGAAUUCGAAGCGCUCUUCGUCAGCUCCAUCUGUAAAUAGCAAUGAUGAUAAGAAUAAUGCCGUGACUGGAGGGAACAGAGUUCUGAUUGAUGUUACUGGCGAUGAGGUUGAUGCUAUGGUGGUUGAUGUCGAGAAGGAGGAAGGGGAGCUCGAGGAAGGUGAGAUUGACUUGGAUUGGGAGCCAGCAACUAAAGCUGCCGGCGAAGGCGGGGAAGACAAUUUCAGUGAUGGGUCAGUGGAGAUUGAGCUCCAUCGAGCUCUGGAGAGUAUUAUCUCGUGUGAUUCCUCAAUAUCAUUCGAGGGACUAUGUACGAAGCUCGAGCAUUCUUUGGAGGGCCUCUGCAAGCUCGUUUCAGUACAUCGUGUUCCCGUGAAGGAUAGUCUUGUUGAGCUAUUCUUUGCUGCAGUGCAAGCACUUCAUAGCGCUUUCCGCUCCAUGGAUUAUUUAAAGAAGGAACUGAAUAAGGAAAUAUGGAAAAGGAUUCUAUCGCUUGUGGUGAGAAAUGGUCCUUCGUUUCUUCCAUCCAAACAACUGAAAGAGAUAGAGGACAUGGAGUGUUCGUUGGGCCCAUUGAUUUUGUCACUCAAAGGAUCCAGCAACAAGGAGAAAGAUGCACAGUUUGUUGAUGGUUCAAGUGGGGGCUCUUCUGCUGAAGCCGUUGGUCCAAAAAAUCAAGCCACUGCAUCAGAAUCUUUGAAACAAGGGUUCAAGGGUAGAGGGAUCUUGAUCCCAUUGCUAGACCUUCACAAGGAUCAUGACGCCGAUAGCCUUCCAUCUCCCACGCAACAAGCACCCCCGGCUCUUGCUCUACCCAGGGCAUUGAGCAGUGCAGAUGGGAUGUUUAAAAAUGAGUUUGGUUCUCGUAAAUUGGCCAAUGGGACGGAAGAUUUCAGAAUGCACCCUUAUGAAACUGAGGCCCUCAAAGCCUUGUCUAGUUAUCAACAGAAAUUUGGUCGGAGUUCCAGCUUCACUAGUGACAGACUUCCAAGUCCAACUCCUUCAGAGGAAGCUGCUUGUGGGGCUGAUGAUGUUGGUGGAGAAGUUUCCAGCUUUGCAACUGGCAAUUCAAAUCCUACUGUUUUGGGGCGAUCUCUUGCCCCGUCUUCGCCCCACAUUGUCAAUGCUAAUACGCAGGCAGUUAAUUCUGCAAGAAGUGUUCCCGCUAGUUCUGUGCCUAAUUUUCCUGCUAAAUCCUCAUCAAAGAGUAGAGACCCUAGGCUUAGGGCUGCUAACACAGAUUCGGGAUCUAUGGACCUUACCCACCAGGAGCCAUCUUCCUUAAAGAAUUCCCCUGGAAUCGAUACUUUUAGUGGGAUCAUGAGCUCAAGAAAGCAAAGAAACAUUGAAGACCUUACUAUUGGUGGAUCUGAGCCAAAACGGCCAAGGAAUGAGUUGGGAAAUCCUGGCGUUACGCUGGAUAUGAGAACCUCAUCUGGAGGUGGUGGCUUCUUUGAAGGAACUGCUGCAUCAGGAUGGCAAACUUUGAACCGAGGCCUGAUGGCAGAGAUAGCAAGUGAUCCAAGAAAAAUAGACAACAGGAUAGCCCUUCCGGUUAACAAUAUUGACAAGACAAAUGUGACAGUUAAUGGUACUGACCCAUUGAGAUUGCCAAGUACAAGUACUGCCUUUUCAUUGCCUGAACUGUUGAAGGGUAUAGCAGUUAAUCCUACCACGCUGGUGAAUUUGCUGAAGAUGGGACAGCAACACAUGUUUGUAUCAGAGGCACCACCUGCUGAUGCUCCUAGAACCACAAGCAUUCCAUUUAGCUCCAGCUCUAUGCUGGGUGUAACACCUCCAGUUUCUACAGCUCCAGUGGCACCAGGGUCCUUUCAGAAACCUGCAGGAACUCCUCAAGUUCCUGCUCAAACAAAUUCCAUGGAUGAUGCUGGAAAAAUCCGCAUGAAGGCUCGUGAUCCACGUCGUAUUCUCCAUGAAAUCACACUCCAGAGGAAUGGCAGCUCAGGAUCUGAACAAUUAACAAGUGGAACUCCUACAACAAGGCCCCAAGUAGAAGCUCCGGCAGAUAAGAGAGCAGUACCUUCUCAACCUGUUGUAGUGCCAGAUAUAACCCAGCAAUUCACCAAGAACUUGAAAAACAUAGCUGAUAUCAUGACCUCGUCACAAGCAUUGCCAAGUCCCCCAGUCAUUUCUCCGAAUCAUGCAUCCCAACCAAUGCAAGCUUCGUCGGGAACGGAAAUGAAAACUGUCAGCAAUGCAGAGCUGCAAAAUGGAACUUGUCGAGUUGUUGAUACUGGUGCCUCAAUUGCUUCUCGAUCCCAAAAUUCAUGGGGAGAUGUUGAGCAUUUAUUUGAAGGAUACGAUGAUCAGCAGAAGGCUGCUAUACAGCGUGAGAGGGCUAGGAGGAUAGAAGAACAGAAGAAAAUGUUUGCUGCUCGCAAGCUUUGCCUCGUGUUAGAUCUCGACCAUACGCUUCUCAAUUCUGCGAAGUUUGCUGAAGUAGAGCCUGUACAUGAUGAGAUGUUGCGGAAAAAAGAGGAACAGGACAGAGAGAAGCCCCAGAGACAUCUCUUCAGGUUUCCUCAUAUGGCGAUGUGGACCAAGCUGCGGCCUGGUAUAUGGAACUUUCUGGAGAAGGCUAGUAAGCUCUAUGAGCUGCAUCUUUACACAAUGGGGAACAAGCUCUAUGCUACAGAGAUGGCGAAGGUGCUGGACCCAAUGGGGGCUCUGUUUGCUGGAAGAGUCAUAUCUAGGGGCGAUGAUGGCGAUUCUGUUGAUGGUGAUGAUCGAUAUCCUAAAAGUAAGGAUUUGGAAGGUGUUUUGGGCAUGGAAUCGGCUGUUGUCAUCAUAGACGACUCUGUUAGAGUAUGGCCCCACAACAAAUUGAACCUCAUAGUUGUAGAAAGAUAUACGUAUUUUCCUUCGAGUAGGCGCCAGUUUGGGUUAUUAGGUCCUUCCCUUCUUGAAAUAGAUCAUGAUGAGAGACCAGAGGAUGGCACUUUGGCUUCGUCAUUAGCGGUGAUUGAAAGAAUGCAUGAUAUAUUUUUCUCCCACCAAUCCCUGGAUGACGUGGACGUUAGGAACAUAUUAGCCACGGAGCAGCGAAAGAUAUUGGCGGGCUGUCGAAUAGUUUUCAGUCGGGUGUUUCCGGUGGGUGAGGCCAACCCUCAUCUGCACCCGCUGUGGCAGACAGCUGAACAGUUUGGUGCCGUGUGCACCAUUCACAUUGAUGACCAGGUUACCCAUGUAGUCGCCAAUUCCCUCGGGACCGAUAAGGUAAAUUGGGCUCUAUCAAGGGGAAGGUUCGUUGUCCACCCUGGCUGGGUGGAAGCUUCAGCGCUGCUUUACCGGAGAGCAAAUGAACAGGACUUUGCAAUCAAACCUUAAACAGAUGACAAAUGCCCUGAAAACCAUAAACAUGAAUACACCCAAACUCGUGCGUAACGUAACCUAAAACGGGAGCGAGGGGGAAGGAAGCACAAUCAGUUAGGUCAUUGUCGAGCAUUUUUUGCGAGCUGACCUCACUCUGUUCGGCGGCAACAGUUUUGAUUAGGAUCCUCCCUCCAUUUGACCCUUUUUCCCGAGCUUGGGGAUGGGAGUUCGCGUGUGUUUGGUCUGCGGGAGUUGAGUUGAUCGCGGACCUGAAAAGGUGUAGUACAUUGGUGUGGUGAUCGGAAUUUAUCGGUAGUGACUGGGAGGGAAGGGGUCGGGCUAAUCCUCCUCACACCGAGGUCAACGUUCCCUUGAUGUGAGUCGACAUCAGUGGGUCGAUCUUCUUAGUUACAGUUGAUAGAUAAGGAAGGGGCCUUCGGAUUUUUGGCUAAUUGGGAAAUUAUUUCGCUUUUUACAUGAACACAUCCUUGGGAAAACGGAUAAAAAAAGAGAAAUAAGCCAGGAGAAGUUUUCAUGGGGCGACCGUUAAAACGGUUGGUUUUUCCGAGGGAAUUAAAUUAUGCCAUUCCUCCUCAAAAGAGUCAAAAAGUUGAGGAAGAUACUCGUUAAGUGCCCCUCUUAGGUGCAAGUGCCACUGAUGCUGGUGGUAUUGUCCUCUCUGUCACGACGACGAUACAACCGUAGCCAAAGCAUAAGAUCGGAGGAACAUUCUCCAACAAACCUAUACUGUUCUCGGUUUUCAUUGUUUUCGGUUUUUUUCCUUAGAGGAAGACGCCGGCGUUUAUCGGUCUCGUAAUUUGUUUAAGCUUGAUUCGCCGAUGAAGCCUAUUUGGUGUGAUCGCAUGUUUUGGAAAGAAAAAAAUUAACCAGUAAGUACCUGAACCUUACCUUUAUGAAAAAAAAAAAGAGUCGGUUGAUGGAGGGAGAGGGACUUGGUUAUAAAUUCUGGGGUGGACAACUUUGGAAAGCGGGGAAAGGCGGUAGCACCGCUUUGACUGAUUCUUCCUUUGACAUAGGAGAGGACACUCAACUCAAGGCGAAGGCCGAAGUUUCCUCGUUCCAAUUCCUUGGCCAUAUAAAUGGCGGCGGUGCGCCUGUCGUUUUCAGCUCCCCACUCUCGCUCUCCGUCGUCGAUUCAUAGCUAGGCAGACAGGAAUAUUGUUUACAUAAACAUGAUGCAUGCUUCAGAUGCCGACUGAUGAUAUGAUAUAUACCCGAAGGUUCCAGCAAAAAAAAAA